GUCAUUGACAUGUACUUGGUACUGGAUCACCACAUGUUUCAGCAUACACAGUUCCUCUCACCAUGAAAUUGGAAAUAAAACACACUUUUAGUAAAACACUUCAUACUGUGUCAAUGAAUUGUAUGUAAAUUUAUGUACUUGUAUGUGAUGAUUAAACUCAUCUAAGUUUUUAAGAAAUUAAGUAAAAAGAAAACACAAAUUUGCAACCACAAGUUCUACCCCUCUUAACUUCCAAUUUCGAGGUUUGCCCCUGCAAACCCACAACCUCAUGGCCAUCAGUUGCUUCUACUAUUAAGUAUAAGAUCUAGCAACAUUUAAAAUUUUAUGAACAAGUUUACUAUAACAUAAAUUUAUAUACUGAACCAAUGGCUUAGUAAUGUUCUGUAAACUUCAGGCCAUGAUUUCUAUCAUUUAAUUUUCAGACAAGUAUUUUUGGUUCAAACUUCUUAAAGCUGCAUUCUCACAAAUUGAACGUUUUGACAACUUUUCUUAUUUCUUAUUUUUUGUCUUGGAACGAGCCAAUUUUUCCGAAAAACCCUGGAAAUUAGUGCUAUAAGACUGCUGACAAAAAAUCAUACCACAGAUUUUUAUAUUUAAGUUAAAAAAUGAUGUUUUAUGCAUUUUUCUUAAACCGUUAACCGUAUUAAGUAAGGGUUUAAGCCAUAAAACAUAAAUUUUCGAACGGAAAUAUAAUAGUCUACAAUCUGAUUUUUUGUCAGCAAUCUUAUAUCAUUGGUUUGCAGAUAUUUAUGCAAAAAUUUGCUCUUUCUGAGAUAAAAAAAAAUAAAAGUUGUAAAAAUGGUAUACAUGUGAGAGUGCAGCUUUAAACCACUCACUAUGAAUUUUACUUGCAACUAAAAAGUGAUUUUAUGUAGAAAGUUGAGUUUUCAACAAAUAUUUUUACACAAGAAUGCAGAAUUGUUUACCAGAACGUUAUUUACUGUACAAUUUACAAUGCACUUGACUUUGAGACAGCCCCCAACAUGUGACCCGGAAUUCCUGCAAUAACCCACUUCCAUUUUCAAUGUAAAAUCAAUAUUUAUUCUCAAUAUAUUUUUGUGGGGUGCUAGCAUCUGUUAAAGGUAUAAAUUUUAACCAGAGAUGUACAGACAGACGCCCACAGCGCUGAUAGCGGCCCGGGAGAAUGAAGCCCUCACCCAUGGCCAAGUUCUGUAUGGGCUUGUUAAACCAACAAAAGACAUGGACCAGGUGGAAUCUACUGCCGCUAUGGUCAAUGUCAUCCCCAAGAAAAGAAUCUACCGUAUGGAGAAGUUGGAAGAGCUGGACCUGUUUAUGGUGGAGCUUAUGAAGCGACCACUUGUCCUACAGCCGUCAGCACAUAUUGGGAGAGGACUCGCUGUGCUGGGGUGCUCGUUCUACACAACAGAAGAGAAGUGGCUUCUGUUGGUGAAUCAGAAUCAUCCGAAGGUGGAGAGCCGAAUCAAGAUGGCUGUUGAGGCCGCCAAGAAGAAAAUGAUACAGGGUCUUCCUUUUGUUGUAGAGAUCUCAUUUAACAAGUUCUUGAAGCGCGUAUACCUUGACAGACUGACGAAGGCUGUACUCAACAAGAAAUUUACGUUCAUAGACUUCGAAGGUGCUGAUCUCGUGAUUCGAUUUCCCGGAGAUAGAUUCAACAGGACUUCUAUAAAUCUGUCUCAAAACAAUGAUGUUCAUCUGGAGGUGGAGGAUUUACUCCCGAGUGAGGUUGAACGUCGGACGGUCAGUGAUGCCCAAGUGGAGUGGUCAAGCCCUGCGCUAAGAGUCAUCAUGCCAGAUGAGUUACAUGAUCUGAUGCCUGGCUGGCAGUUUGAGAACAUCGACCCCCUGGCCGCUGCGGAGAAUGAGGAGGACGAAUUUGACGAUGAGAAAUUAGGGGCUGAGCAUGGUGGGGCGGUUGGAGGGGGGUACCCAGGGUGGUCUGAGGUUGAGGAAACACAUCUUGGGGCCCAGCCCACCAAGGUCAUAGGACGUGCCCGCAGAAAGGCUGAUCAGAAUCAACCUUCCAAGAAGUAUGAAGUGCCAGUGGAAUUAUAUGUCCCGGGGUCUGGGGGUCCACAAGGGUCGCACAGGGUAGAGAGGUCACCUGUGCCACUAAGGUCACCAGGGUAUGGAGCGCAGCAAAAAGGCAACGCAUCAAAAUAUGAAGAUCUAAAGAGGGGUGGUAAUGUCAACGAACAUGCGUAUACAAAUACCCGCAUAGUACCCCCCAAGUCUCCUAGAUCCCCAGGUGUGACGAUGCCUCACAAUGGUGAUAGUGCUUAUGAGGAAAUGAAUGUUAGCAGACAGUAUAAUCAGCAGAGGUCACCUCAUGGUGCCUCGUCUCCCAGAAUGCCAGGGAUUUCACAUUCCCCAGGCCCUCGGACACCUGUUUCACCCAGGAUAGAUGAUCAAUAUAAUAUGGAACGUGGUGACAGGUAUAGUUCACCAAGGACCCCAGUGUCUCCAAGGCAAGUUACGUCUGAUGACCGAUACAUGAGGAAUGAAGAUAGAUAUAAUACAGACUAUAAAAGAAGGGAGGGUCUGUAUAACACAGAACAAGUUGACACAACAAGGCCGUCUCGUGCCACAUAUUUGACUGAUGAUACUGAAGAUGGUGGAUUUAGCAAUAGAAGUCCCCACUCUCCAUACACGCCAAAGCUUCACAGCCCAGGGUAUGAUGCUAAUUAUAAUAAGACUGUUGAAACUAACAGAUACGCAAAUGCCGGCCCAAUAAAAGCCCAAUAUGACCCUAGAGAUAGAUACGGGGAAAACCAAAACCUGGGGCAAAAAUACCCGGGACAGAUAAGGCCUCAAGAAAUUGAACGAUUGAGUCCGGGAAGUCAGCCCGUACCUACCCCGAGGGGCUUCCAUCGGCAACAAGGCAGCGGGCGAUCAGAUACAUCAGCGUCAGAUAGCGGUUUUGGUGAAAAUGACACUAUUGAGACAUCGAAGUACAAAAUAAAUAAAAAUGGUGCAAGACCAAGUGUUCCUUCUGAUUUAACAAAGACACCCUAUUAUAACCGUGCAUUUGAGCAGGACUCGCCAGAUAAAGACGCUGAAAUAGAGAGCAUCAUGGCGAAACAUCGUGCUUUGGCUGCACAGGCAGAGAACCAAGUUGUUCGAAAUGGUGGCUCGUAUGAACGAACAGAUAGGUACAACAACCCUAAAUAUACGAGUGAGUUGAAAAAAUGGCGGCAAAAUAUAAAUGACCUUGAGGAUUCAUGUGGAAUGCCCGAUGUACAAAUGUCAAGGACAAGUAUUCAAUCUGGAGUGGAAGAAAGCUUUAUAUAAUCUGCUGAUGACCAGUAUGUUUAGUCCACGUUGUGUUUUUAUCAGUGUGCGCCCAUGCAAAAUAUAUAUUCAGGAAUAAGUGUUUUUGGAAAUAAUUCUGGUCACCAAGGACUAUAGUUUAUCUAACAAUGUGGGAUUUUAAGUGCUUUUCACAUUAAGGAUUCACAGUGUAUUCAGAGGUGCUAUAUAUUGGUUGUAAAAAGGUCACCAUAUCAUCAACUUACACGUACAUCAAGAAUCAAGCUUUAAACUUGCAUUUAGGUUUUGAUAUAUAGCAUGUUUACCCAUUUUUUUAUUUUUUUUUGUCUUAAAUGUUACCUCGUCUAUUUUUUUUUAAAGGAAAUAGAUCAGGGUAUUGCAAUAGCCUUGGUUUCGCCAAUUUUGUUGCACAAGCACUGUAACCUUGGCCAUAACUCGAAAAUAUUCCAAAAUGUUCAAAUGAAACUUGUUAUACAUUUUGCCAGAGACAAUUUUAAAUGCGCAUGUACAGCCAGGCUGAUAGCUCAGGCUUUAAUUCUUGUGAAGUUAUGCUCAAUGUUCAACUGAUAAAAAGAUAUCGGAUGAGCGCUGGGGUUCGCUCUGCGACACUCUGACUUGUUAAACUUGCUAUUGGAUCCACUAAAUGUUUGAUGUUUUCUUCACACAAAUUCUUGAAAAAUUAAAAAUAAUUCAUUAAAUUUUUUGUUUUGCAUUAUGAGACCUUCAGGCGCGCUGAAAUCUUUUUUUAUUCUAUUUUUUUAAUGUAAAAAUCACCUUGCCAUUGGAAUUAAGCAACAUUGAAAUGUAUAACCUAUAAUAUUUGUCAUUUUCACAUUCAUGUAUAUAUACUGUUACAUUUUAAUGUGUGGGAAACAGAAGUGAGAACAUUCGCUAUUUCUUUCAUUUAAUAAAAAUGCAGUAAACAUUGAAUCUAUAUAAAGACUGGCAGUGAUUGGUUGACUAAUCUUCCAAGUUGAUCUUUUGGCAAUGUAGACUUGCCUCAGUGUUUGGUCCCGUCAUUAUGCAUUUAAGAUUUCAAGAACAUAUUUGAUUGGUUGUUGUACACACCUACAAAUCUUUACUAUCUAUAAAUGAUGACCAAUAUUCAAAUUGUUUAUUAAAGUCUCAUCCAGGUACAUUAUCAUACAUACAAAUAUUCCAUAUAGGAAUGACGUCACCAUUACGUCAUAUGCACUUUCGUUGUGUGGAAAAUUCUCGAUAAAAAAAAUGUUCUUAUGAUUGAUAGACAUGUUUUCACAUGCUCAAUACACUGUAAAUCAAAACUAUCAUUAUUCCUGAAACUUUUAUACCUUAAGUAUCUGUCCUUGCUUGAUUUAUCAUUUAGAGUAGAGAUUAAAGCAUAAACCGCUGCCCUAUAGUUGAAAGGUCAUUUUGGAAGAUCUGUCAUGGCGGACGGUGCAAAUUUUAGAGUUUGUUUUUCAAGUGGAGUGAUUUUUCUUAGGAAUAACUUGACCCCCCUUUUUUAUUGGCUUAAAAGAUAAUUUAAAGCUUGUACUUUAAGAAUAUAUGUGGUUAUCAUAGCCUGCAUUCCCUCGAAAAGCCUUUAAAUGUUGUCUGAAAAUUAUAAUUUUACAUUGAAUUAUAUAGGGAAUAACAAUGGUGGUGUGUAACCUAUAAGGGACCAAACUGCUUUGUUUAAAAAGUGUUAUUUUUGGUAAGAAAUGUAUUGCAUUUCACUAUUUCUGGCAAAUUUUCACAAUUAAAUGCAAUUAUCUUGUCCGGUUGAUCAAAAUAUGCUAUUUCCUGGUUUUCACAACUUUCGCCUUUUUUUUUUUUUUUUUUAAAUGAGUCGUCUGCAAUCUUACGAGCACUGAAAAUGUCCAAAUUUGGUGAAAAUUUGACUGCGAGAACUUGAAAUGUGUGCAAAGAUGUGUAGAACUGCCCAAUUUGAUGCUUAGAAUGCCAUUUGAGUCAAGGUUCAGUUGAAAAACCUCAAAGAAUGGCAUUUUGGGCCUAAACGCCUUAGAAAAUACAGACGCACAGGCACUUGGGUGACAGGCAGUGAAACUGGAAAACCUGACACAGACUAUCAGAUUGAGCUAGCUUUGGGUGUAUUUAUGUAUAAAGGACUAAUCGUAAGUGUUUUUCAUUAAAAAUGCAGGGACGGGUUUAGUUAUAGGAAUGACGUCACCAUUACGUCAUAUGUACUUUCGUUGUGUGGAAAAUUCUCGAUAAAAAAAAAAUGUUCUUAUGAUUGAUAGACAUGUUUUCACAUGCUCAAUACACUGUAAAUCAAAACUAUCAUUAUUCCUGAAACUUUUAUACCUUAAGUGUCUAUUCUUGCUUGAUUUUUCAUUUAGAGUAGAGAUUAAAGCAUAAACCCCUGCCCUAUAGUUGAAAGGUCAUUUUGGAAGAUCUGUCAUGGCGGACGGUGCAAAUUUUAGAGUUUGUUUUUCAAGUGGAGUGAUUUUUCUUAGGAAUAACUUGACCCCCCUUUUUUAUUGGCUUAAAAGAUAAUUUAAAGCUUGUACUUUAAGAAUAUAUGUGGUUAUCAUAGCCUGCAUUCGCUCGAAAUGCCUUUAAAUGUUGUCUGAAAAUUAUGAUUUUACAUUGAAUUAUAUAGGGAAUAACAAUGGUGGUGUGUAACCUAUACCAGUGUACAUUAUAUUUACUGAGGUACAUGGUCAUUCUUAGAGACUUAUAAGAGACUAUUACAAAUACUUUAACUACUCAUCAAUCGUUUAUACACAAUAAAAAAGUGAUGUAUAUUAGCUAAUCAUAACACACUCGUAUUGUGAAUGCAUUAAGAGAACUAUUAAGAAAUUAAAAUUAAUCUAUAAAACCAUAAUGCAAUUUCAAAUGUGCUCGUGUGACAGGUCUGUCAUUUAUCAUUUGUCGUUUUUCUUGAAUUACAAGUUACAGUGUUCAAGAAAGAUGGCAGAUAAAUCAAUAAGUUUGUGUGUUGUAUGGAGAGUCCCUGGCUUAUCCAUUCUCCUUACACUUAAUAAUAUGAUGUAAAUGGACUUGUUUUCACUUCUGUUUCCAACGCAAUAUUUCUUGACACAAACAAACAUGUUCAGGUGUUCUAUGAUUAUAACCUUUUUAUUAUAUUUUGCUGUAGUUUGGAAUGGUUACACAGGAACAUGAAUGAAUACGGUUUAAAUACACUGCAAUAUAAAUUGGCCAGUCGUAAAUUUGAAUCUAAUAAAAAAUCAUUUUUAAAUAAUUUACUCCUUAAGAUAUUAGAUAAUUAUUAGUUUUUUUUUGUCAUUAAACAAUAUCUAAAACAUACAUCAACAGUACAUAUAUUUAAAUACAUGUAAAUUGUAAUGGUAUUUUACUUUUACUUUUAAAUUCUAUUUCUUCCAUUUAAGUAUUCAUUAUGCUUUUAAUUUGUAGUCAUUUUGUGCCAUAUUGUUUGACAAAGUGCUUACUGGAAUAAAUAAAAAGUGCUGUUCAGAAUUUCUAAGAGAAAACUAGACUCUCCCUUGAUCCAGGCCGGUAUUCACAAAACAUCUAAGUCAUUUCUUAACUUAACUUGAUUUCAUAAACAAAUGUAGUCAGAUUUAAUUUAUAGAAAAGGUUAGUGUUUUUAGCAUAAAAGUAUGUUCAUUACAUCAAAUUAAUGAAAAUAAAGUAGUUUAGGUAUAAUUUAAGGUUAUUUUAACAUAAUUUUAUGACAAGUGAGAUCCUUAGAAAUUGACUUAAGUUAGGACAUGAAUUGUAGUGUUUUUGCAACCUCUUUUUUAUUUUUGUGAAGCCAGUACAUAGGCGAUGAUAACUUUGCUUUAAAAGACACACUUCAAUGUUAAUUAGUGGUCAACAUAAUAUUUUGACUCAAGUUUUUCAGUAGGUUUAUUUCAGUAAAUCAGUCAGCGAUUAAUGACUUUAAUCAGUUGAAUCGGUAGAUAUAAACAGUGGUGGGCCCAGGCAGUUUACAAAAUAUUAUGUAGACCACUAAAAAUUUAAUAAUCUUAGUAUGUACUUACUCAAGAUAAAUGGUUGUGCGCAGUAAACCAUUUAUUUUUGUUAAUACAAACCAUUAUGUUAUGUAUCAUUGAUGUUUUAUGAUUAUUUUAAAAACUGUUAACUUAAAACUGCACUCUCACAGAUAAACCGUUUUUACAACUUUUUUUUAUUUUUUGUCUUGAAAAGAGCAAAUUUUGCGUAAAUAUCUCCAAACCAAUGAUUAAAGAUUACUGACAAAAGAUCAGAUAGCAGAUUUUCAUAUUUCUGUUUGAAAAUUGAUGUUUUAUGGCUAAAACUGUUAUCAACAGUUCAAGAAAAUUGCAUAAAACAUUAUUUUUUGAACUUAAAUAUAAAAAUCGGUGAUCUAAUUUUUUGUCAGCAGUCGUAAGUAACUGGUUUCCAUACAUUUUCGUAAAAAUGUGCUUGUUCCAAGACAAAAAAGUUGUCAAGACGUUCAAUCUGCGAGUCAGUGCAGCUUUAAAACUUAUUAAUAUAUUUUUAUGAAUGUCUGUGAUUGUAGUUUUCUAAUAUUAGUCAAUAAAAAUGAACUAGGUUAGUAAGAUAUUAUAGGGGAGUAGAGUAGAUUUUAUUUUUAUACAACAAACAUUUUAAUAUGUAAAUAUUGGUACACUGUCUGCUCAUGUAUAUAUAUGUGUGUAUGUGUAAAUAAUAUAUUUCCAAUAACAUUAUUAAUCCUUGGACAUUCCUGUUUAAUCUUAUACAUGUACAUUGUUUCUCUUGAUUAACCAUAUUGGUGUUACCAUUAAUCAUCAUUUAUUAUUAUAUAUUAUAUAUUAUUUGUACCAAAACAUUCCACCAAUUGUCAGUUUAGGUUUAUUUUCAUGUUUUGGCCAUUGUUUUCAAGAUAUAUUGAAGGUUUUAUUUCAAAUUCUUAAAAUAUACUAGCGAUAUAAAGAAACUUUGCACGAUAACAAAUCUGUCUGAAAAGAUCUGAACGCUUUGUGGAGUUUUGGUUUAACCUAAUCAGCCAUUUUAUAUAAUUUGGACAAAAAUAUUAAACCGUCAUUGAGGUUUAUUUCCUUGUUUUCGUACAACAAAAUCAAAAUUUAUCAAAGGUUUAAUUUCAAAUUUUAAAAAUAAACAAGCAAAUUAAAGAGAAAAUUUGCAUGAUAACAAAUCUAUCUGAAAAGAUCUGCACACAUUUGAGGAAUUUCGGUGAUGUGUAAGCUUAUUUACACUCACUUUCAGGCCUGGCCCAUUCGGCGAGUGCUCAGAUAAGAUUGUUAGUCAUUUUAUGUUUUUGGAGCAUAGUGCGCAGAUAGAAUGUAACCCUGGUUACAGUUACACUGGUUCUUUAACCUGCACCAGUGUAUAUAAGCACUAUCACACAGGACCCAUGUAACAUCCCUCCUGGAAGACAAUUAGUAGGGGCGUAGCUUCCUAUAGGCCGUGUAGGCCGCAGCCUACACAAUUUUCAGAAGAAAAAAAACGAAAAAAUAAAAAUGCCAAAUCUGCAAUAAAACUUGAUUAAUAUAUCGGAAACCAGGUAUUUCAAAUAUAUCGUUUUCCUUUUCACUAAAAUACAUAUUCAUACGACAUUAAUGAUACGUAUAUUAUUUGUCGAAAUGUGCAUACCAGUAGUCUGCGCUUUGACGCCGUUCAUUACAUAAAACAUUUAUUUAAGGUAAAACAUAUUGAUAUCGUUACUCUCAUUAAUAUUUUUACAACAAAGAAUUAUACACUAAAACGCAUCCACGACCAUCUAGCUAAAACGAAAUCCCGGGGAUGCAUGCUCUCGUACCCCCCUCCCCAGAAAGUGGCCUACACAUAUAUUUUCGUCAAGCUACGCCCCUGCUAGGUCAAAUCUUUGAAACAUAUUAAGAGGUAUUAAACAUGGUCAAAUAUUUAUAAAACUUAAUCAGAAUGUUUUCCUUGAUGAAAUAUUGACUUGUUAAAAACUGGGUCACAUAUGAUCGAAAAGUAGGUCACUAGGUCAAAUCUUCGAAAAAAAUUUGUCUGGAAUGGUAAUGAUUGGUCGGAUUAUGUUCAAACUUGGUCAUGAUGUACCCCUUGAUGAAAUAUGGACCGCUUGUAAAAGUGGACACAUGGGGGUCAAAUACUAGGUCACAAGAUCAAAUCUUAGAUAUUUGAUACACAUUAGAGGCAUUAUGUAUGGUUGAAUAUUCAUGAAACUUGAUCAGAAAGUUUUCCUUGAUGAAGUCUUGGACAUGUUUUAAACUGGGUCACUUUAGAUAAAAAUGUAGGUCACUAGGUCAAAUUAAAAAAAUAUUGUCCGAACUAUUUAAUGGUGGUGAUUGGUCGGAUUAUGUUUAAACAUUGUCAGAAUGUUCUCUUGGGUUUAAUUUCGACUGCGUUUUAAAUGUGGGUCAAUAGGUCAAAUCUUAGAAAAAAUAUUGGGAACACACUAGAGGCAAUCUAAUUUUCAUGAAACUUAAUCAGACUGUUUUCCUUUAUUGGUAUUGAAUAGUUCUAAACUGGGUCACAUGGGGUCAGAAACCAGGUCAGAAGGUGAAAUCUUUGAAAAAUUGUGUCCCGAACCAAACAAUGGUAUUGAAUAGUCAGUUAUGUUCAACAUUGGUCAGAAUGUUUGCCUUAAUAAAGUCUUACAAGAGUUUUAAAAUUGGUCACAUGGGGUCAAAAACUAGGUCACUAGGUCAAAUCUUACAUAAAUAUUGGGAACACUCUAGAGGCAAAACAUCUGCUCUAAUUUCCAUGAAACUUAAUCAGAAUGUUUGCCUCGAUGAAAUCUUGGAAAAUUUUGAAACUAGUAGGUCAUGUAGGGUCAGAAAUGUGGUCACUGGGUCAAAUCUUAAAAAACCUUGUGGACACUCUAGAGGCUGUAAUUUUUGCAAGAUAUCUGGACCAAUCUUCAUAAAACUUGAUCAGAAUGUUUGCCUUGAUGAAAUGUUUGUUUGGAACUGGGUAACAUGGAGUCAUAAACUAGGUGUUAAUUGGUCAAUUCUAAAUGCUACAUUAUAUACAAUGUUUUUUUUAUUUCAAACAGUUGCAAUCAAACUCAAACUUAUAUAUAUAUUACCAACAAUUGAUUUCCAUUCCUUGACCUAGCCCAAUCAGGCGGGGGAUAUCAAUUCAACGAAUUCGCCUGUUUUAUAUAUAUAGCAUGUAUGCAAUGUGCUGUUACUGGAGAUCUGAGCUGUUUACCCAUGUUUCUUGUUUGUGAUUUUUUGUUUUUAUGUUCUAUGUCGGUUGCCUUUACCCAUUGCCAUUUAACCGGGUUAAUGUUUAAACUUUUUGCUACUGAGCUUGUUUUUCACAUAAAUUUUGCACCCCAUUUAAACCAAAAUAUUUUCAGUUUUAUACUAUAAAACCUCUUUUCUGCAAUUUCUAUAUCAUAGAGUAAAAUAAUGAUAAAAUAAGUAUUAUUUCUAUAUUGCCGGGAAAACUGUUUCAACCAAAAACUUCUUAAUAAAUGCAGAUCAUUAGUAUUUAAAACUACAUAGAAUUUUAGGUAUUCAGAAAUAUUCACGUGAUAUGGUUAUUGGUCUCUGAUAUGCUAUGCAGGAUCUGAUAAGCUCCGCCUACCAGCUAGUUGUCAGCGAAUAGCUUUCACUGCUUUAUUUUCAUGUAUGUGGCGGAUCCGUGGUCUAGUGGUAACACAUUUGACUAUCAAAAUACUAAUCGUCUUCCGGGAGGGAUAAAGUGUUAACGUACCAAGGUUGCUCUAACCAGGGAUACAUUCUGUCUGUGCAAUAUGCUCCAAAAAAAAAAAAAAAAAAACUAACAAUUUUAACGGAGCACUCACUGAAUAGGCAAGGCCCGAGUGCGAGUAUAAAUAAGCUUACACGUCCACCCCUAUUCGUGUAUUUCAAGAAUGAUAGUUGUUGUUAAACUGUUGUACAGAAUAAACCUAUUAUACAAA